UAUUCAUAAGCGUGGGUCACACCACUAUUUUGUACGUAUAAAUGUCAUAAUCUUGGUCACCUUCUCGAUAUCAAGGUGCUAUACCUAUACCAUUUCGUCGCCGAGAUUUCCAUCCAGCUAUCCAGGAAGCAGCUAGCUAGCCGGCCGCCAUGGCAUCCUCUCGUCCCCUCCACGUGAUCGUGUUCCCAUGGCUGGCGUUCGGCCACAUGAUCCCGUUCCUCGAGCUCGCCAAGCGGCUGGCGCGGCGCGGCCACGCCGUCACGUUCGUGUCCACGCCCAGGAACGCCGCCAGGCUGGGUGCCGUCCCGCCGGAGCCGUCCGUGCGCCUCCGCGUCCUCACGCUGAACCUGCCGGAGGUCGACGGUCUGCCGGAAGGCGCCGAGUCGACGGCCGACGUCCCGCCGGAGAAGGUCGGGCUGCUCAAGAAGGCGUUCGACGGCCUCGCCGCGCCGUUCGCGGAGCUCGUCGCCGAGGCCUGCGCCGCCGGCGACGACAACGCCGCCGCGGCAUUCUCGAGGAAGCCCGACUGGAUCAUCCUCGACUUCGCGCAGCACUGGAUUUGGCCAAUCGCUGAGGAGCACGAGAUCGCAUGCGCCGUCUUCCUCAUCCUGCCGGCGGCGCUCCUGGCCUUCAUCGGCACAAAGCACGAGAACGAGGCGCACCCCCGCACCACGACGGAGGACUACAUGGUCGCGCCGCCGUGGAUCCCGUUCUCCUCAACCAUCUCAUACCGCCGCCACGAGGCCGAGGCCGUCGCCGCCGCGUUCCGGCCGAACGACUCCGGCGUGUCCGACAUGGACCGCUUCUGGGAGAUGCAGCAGCGCCCCUGCUGCCGCCUCAUCGUCCACCGCAGCUGCCCGGAGGCCGAGCCCCGGCUGUUCCCGCUCCUCACGGAGCUCUUCGCCAGGCCGGUCAUCCCCGCCGGCCUCCUCCUGCCCGACGAGGCCGUUGCCGACGACGACGACGGCGACGCCCCGGGCGUCGACCGGUCGUUCUCGGACGCCAUGCACUGGCUGGACGAGCAGCCGAGCAGGUCCGUCAUCUACGUCGCGCUCGGGAGCGAGGCGCCGGUGAUGGCGGGCCACGUGCGGGAGCUCGCGCUCGGGCUGGAGCGCUCCGGCGCGCAGUUCCUCUGGGCGCUCCGACUGCCCGCCGGGCACUCCGGCUCGCUGCUCCCGGACGGGUUCGAGCGGCGCGUGGCGGGGCGCGGCGUGGUCUGGACGGGGUGGGUGCCGCAGGUGCGCGUGCUGGCGCACGGCGCGGUGGGCGCGUUCCUGACGCACUGCGGCUGGGGCUCCACCGUCGAGAGCCUCUUCCGCUUGGGCCUCCCGCUGGUGAUGCUGCCGUUCGUCGCCGACCAGGGCCUCAUCGCCCGGGCGAUGGCGGCGCACGGCGUCGGCGUCGAGGUACCCAGGAACGACGACGACGGGUCGUUCCGCGGGGACGACGUCGCGGCGACGGUUCGGCGGGUGAUGGCGGAGGAGGAAGGCCAGGAGCUCGCGCGCAAUGCCAGGGAGCUGCAAAAGGUUGUCGGCGAUAAGGUGAGGCAGGAGCAGUACGUCGAUGAGCUGGUCGAGUGCCUGCAUCGCUCCAAAUGAGAUGGACCACUGGUUCAGUGUACUCGUGAAGUCUGAACAGUGUGGCAUCAGAAUAUGUUGAGCAAUUUAUAAUUUGUUGGACCAAUAUGCAUCAACCUACUAAGUUCAUAAGUUAUUGUAUGGUAGAGUAAUUUACUCUUAAAUAUAUGUACCGUGUUUACCAGUAUUUUGCUAUAA